GUGCUGUACCAUCUCGUUCUUGUUGCGUCUCUUCUCGUCAUGUCGGAGCUGACCCCCGAAGCCUCCCGCCUGUACCGCGUGCGUAAGACGACGGUCAAGAUGCUGCACAACCGCAGCUACAUUGUGAGCGAGAACGAGCUGGUGAUGACGCCCGAAGCCUUCCAGACGCAGUUCGGCGACAACCCGACGCGCGAGAUGAUGACGAUUCUCGUCGAGAAGAUCGACGACCCGAGCGACAAUUUGUUUGUGUUUUUCCCCGAAGACACCAAAGUGGGCGUUAAGCCCAUCCGCAACUACUGCAACCGCAUGAAGGACGAGAACGUGACCAAAGCCAUCCUCGUAGUACAGGAAGGCAUCACCCCUUUCGCUCGUCAGGCGCUGAAUGAAAUGGCUCCACGUUACAAGAUUGAGCACUUUAAAGAGACGGAACUGCUCGUGGACAUCACGGAGCACACGCUUGUGCCUGUGCACCGUGUGCUCGACCGAAACGAGAAGGCGGCGCUGCUUAAGCGAUACCGUAUCCGUGACUCGCAGCUGCCACGUAUGCAGGUGACCGACCCCAUUGCGCGCUACUACGGUUUGAAUCGUGGCCAGGUGGUCAAGAUCAUUCGGCCCUCGGAGACAGCUGGACGCUAUGUCACGUACCGUGCUGUCAUCUAAAGAAGUAGCCAUCUUCAUGAUGGAUACAUGAUGUAGCCAUCUUCAAUAGAUAUUUUUUUCAAGCCA